AUGGCGAGUAGCUUUGGGGAUGGGCCCGACGAGAUGCUGAGCCAGCAGACCCUGGAAGCACUGUGGGACAUGCGCGGUGCUGGCAAGCUCUGUGACGGUCUCCUCAAGACCGCGGAUGGCGGACAGUUUCCUGUGCACAGGGUCGUCAUGGCCAACUGCAGCGACUACUUCAGGGCACUUUUCGGGAGCACUUUCAACAAGGUCCGGCGCAAGGAGGUCUUAGUGCCCGGCGUUUCCAAGGAGACCAUGGCCGUAAUUGUGGAGUUCGCCUACAAGCGCGUCACGUGGGUGGGAUAUGAGAACGUGGAGCAGCUGCUGGAGGCCGCCGACUACCUCUGCGUCAUGGGCAUGGUCAAGGACUGCUGUGACUUCCUCCUGUCCAUCAUGGUCCCCGAGAACUGCAUCUCCAUUCACAACAUCGGCAAGCUGUACAACUGCUUCGACCUCAGCUCCAAGGCGUACAACUACCUGAUGCUUCACUUCAUCGAGGUGUCGAAGCGCAGCGAGGAGCUGCUCAGCCUAGACAUCGAUGAAGUGGAGGCCAUCUUCUCUGACGAGAACCUCAACGUCGUCAAGGAGGAGACCGUGUGGAAAGCGGUCGUGCGCUGGAUCGAGCACGACUUGGACAAUCGGCAGCAGCACAUGGCCCGGCUGCUUCGCUGCGUUCGUACGGGUCUUGUGGAUACCAACUUUUUUGUCGAAAAGAUCAAGUCCCACAAGCUCGUCUUAGACAACGAAUCCUGCAGGCAGUUGGUGAUCGAUACACUACGGUUCUUGUAUGACCUUGACGUGGUAGUGCACAACAAUGAAGUGCCAACGCCCAUGUUCGCUCGUCCGCGCAUCCCGCAUGAGGUGAUGUUCGUCAUUGGUGGUUGGAUGCACGGAGGCCCCACUACUUACACUGAAAGCUACGACACAAAGGCCGACAGGUGGAUCAAGGUCGAUGAGGUGGAUCCCGAUGGUCCUCGGGCGUAUCACAAGUGUGUGGCCAUCGGCGAAGAAAUCUACGUCAUUGGGGGCUUCAAUGGCGAAGAGUAUUUCAGCAGCGUGCGAUGCUUCAAUGCAAACACAAAGACAUGGCGCACCAUCACACCCAUGCAUAUGAAGAGGUGCUACGUCAGUGUUGCGGUGCUGGAUGAAAUAAUCUACGCCAUGGGUGGAUACGAUGGUCGUCACAGGCAAAACACGGCAGAGAAGUUCGACCGCCGCACAAAUCAGUGGACUAUGAUCUCGCCGAUGAACAUGCAAAGAAGCGAUGCGUGCGCCACCGCGCACGACAGCUACGUGUACGUGACGGGUGGCUUCAGCGGCAACGAGUGCCUCAGCUCGGCUGAGAGGUAUGAUCCGGCGACUGACCAGUGGACCAUGAUUGCGUGCAUGCGGUUCCGGCGCAGCGGUGUGGGCUGUAUAGGCUUCCGCAACUACAUCUACGUGAUCGGCGGGUUUAACGGCACCAGCAGGUUGGUCUCUGCUGAGAAGUACAAUCCGGAGACCAACAUGUGGAGCGGCCUUCCUAACAUGUACACGCCCAGAAGUAACUUCGCAGUGGCCAUAAUCGACAACCUGGUCUUCGCCAUCGGUGGCUUCAACGGUGAGAGCACGACCAACCUUGCCGAGUGCUACGACCCGGCCAAUGACCAGUGGUACGAGGCCACGGACAUGAACGAGUCCCGUUCGGCGCUUGCCGCCUGCGUUAUUUCUGGCCUGCCGAAUAUCCGGGAGUAUGUCCACCAGCGCCGCGAUAAUUUGAUGGAGGAAAAGCGCCUGAAGAUGCUCGACAUCCUCAAGCAUCGAGCGCGUCACGUCCACCGCGAUAAGAACGCGUGA